GCAGAUAAGAUUAGUUUACAUUUUAAAAUGUAGAGAGGGUCCAUUUUUUCUAAAUCGUGUAGUUAUGUUGCUUCAACUUAAUCAAAUACUGACUGAAAACAAAACUAAGUCUAAAAAUGAUUCUAAAGACAAUGGAUCCCAGAUAGGACAUGUUCCUCAGUCUCCUGGGUAACAGUCGCCAGGAGAACCUUGCAGGCUGAAUAUUUAUAUAUAUGGGGUACCAAGUGUGCUAAAAUGUGACACCAAGGGGUUAGAAGUGAGACUGUGUUGUGUGUUUUAUUACUGGACAGAUUGUGUGUAGUGACUUCAUCAGAGCUUUGCCAUUAAAAACAGUUGCUUGCUGUUUCCAGAAAUGAGACUGGUUGAGGCUUUAGUGUGGAACAGAGAGGAACUAAUAGUCAGAAGGUUCAUUUCCACGAACAGCAUAGUUCAUAUUUCACUGACACAUUUGGCCCAAUGUUAAAAAAAAAAUCACCAGUGCAGCUUUUAAAAAGGACAACAGUACAUUUGACUUUCAUUUUUGUUUUUCUGGAAGUGAUAUAAAAUGUACAAUAAUACAGUAGAAUGGUAGACUCCAAGACACAACAAUACACACAGCAGGCUUUUCCUUCACCUUCACUUCAUCUGUUACAUCCUUUUAUUUACUCUGACCAAGCAAGGAAAGCAUAUCCAUGAUAUAAAGGAAAGAAGGAGGAAGAGGUGCAGUGGGACAGUUUACACAGUGUUGGGAUAUAAAAGCAGCUCAGCCCUCCUCCCCUCACCCUUACUACUCCUUCCAUGUUAGUUCUCUAGCACUCUCCUCCCUUAUCCCUCCCUCUCUCCUCCCUCCUCCGGGCCAGAAGAGAGGAGUGAUCAACCUGAGUGUUUAAACAAACCAGAGGGCCGGCAGCACAGAGAGGAGCUCACACACUCAUACAGCUGUUCAGCGCUGAGGAAACUCUAGUGAUCUGAACCGAGGAGCACAGCUGAGAAAGAAGUCAGAGACUUCAGUACCUGAAAAGGCAGAGUUUACUGAAGAAGACACAGCCCAGGACAACUUAUCUCAGGAGCUGAAGGAGUGGGGAUAACACAGACCAGACAUUUGCCCCCCUCCCCUGCAGACUUUCACCUCCCAACCCCUGUCCACCAGUCCCCACCCCCUCCAGCCAAACCCUCAGCACACUGACUGAAGCCACACAUUCUCCAGUGGCCAGCAGAUCUCCCUCACAGACGUUCACUCAGACUGUCUGGCCCAGAGGGUCACCAGUGACGGUGUCAAUGGAAGCUCCAACGCUGGCUGAGAUGGGAGACUUGUGUCACCCUCGAUCUUCCUCCCCAGAGGGGGAGACUGUGUGUGCAGCUCUUGCCCGUUACGAGAACACUCUCCGGGAUGCCAUCAGGGAGAUCCAUGUGGAUGUCGGCUCAUUUAAGCUGGGCAUGGAGCGUCGCCUGGAGGAGACGGCCAACCUGAGCGGGCCCCUCGGACGAGCUGUGGCUCAGCUGCAGCAGGAGAACCGGCAGCUCAAGAGUCAGCUGGAGGCUCUGACCAGACAGGUGGAGCUGCUGAGUGGCAUCACAUGUGACAGGAGCACCUUGUUGAACAACAACCACAAUCACAGUCAGAACCUGAAGAAUCACCUGAAUGACAUUCAGGAGAGCCAUCAGGAGAUAAAGGAGGUGAUCUUUGGGAAGGGUCAGGCCUACACUCACAGCCAGGCUCCUCUCCACAUCCACAACUCUACCUUGGGGAGCCAAGUGCAGACCUUCAGCAACCUCAGCAGUCCGUCCAGCCCUGCAUCCCCCCCGGCCACCUUCUCCUCCUCCCCCAGCUCCAGCAGUCCUCCUGCCGGCUCCAGAGUUUCUUCCAUGGUGACGAGCCCAGCGUCUGGCAGCAGCCCCUCCAUCACCCGCUUCUCCAGCCGAGCCACCUUCGCUGUAUCCAGCAAGACCAACAGCAUUGAGCGGGAGGAGCCAAUAGAAGUGGACCCGGCCCCAACACAUGCUGCACAGGAGAACGGACACACUGCUGCAACAGAACAUUCGGUGUUGGUACAUGGAAAGAUGUCUCCACCCACUGACUUCCCACACGAGCACACAGCACCAGUUGCCAUGCGGAUGCCUCACCUCCCCAUCACUGCUACAACCAAGACAGCAGAAAUCAAAGGUUCUCCCGUCUCUCCCAGCAGUCCUGUCGGUUCUCUGUCCUCCUCCAUCGCAGAGGCCUCACCUACCGACCAAUCAGCUGCAAGCAUCGCCCAGCCCCAGCAGACAGACGAGUCUCUACUUCAACCAGUACCUUCUGUGAAGACAUGGACUCCUACACCUAUCAGAGCUCUGGGAUCUCCUUGUCUUCAUGAGAAAGCAAAUUCAGCUCCUGCUAAGUCUGUGACCUAUUCAGGGCUGCCACAGCCUGACAGAGAUGGUGAUGUAAGCAGUGACAGGUCCUUUGGGCAGAUGGGAGAGAGAAGGCGGGAGCUGGUGAGAUCACAGACUCUGCCUCGCAACAUCGGCGCUCAGGCUCGUCGAUCUAUCUUUGAAAGGCUGGAUGCUGAAGCCAGUAACAGUCGCCCUAAACCAGUGGACUCUAAACCAAAGCUGAAGCGGUCCCAGAGUUUUGGUGUGUCCAGCGCCAGCAGCAUCAAGCAGAUCCUUCUGGAGUGGUGCCGCUCCAAGACCAUAGGCUACCAGAACAUUGACAUCCAGAACUUCUCAUCCAGCUGGAGUGAUGGGAUGGCUUUCUGUGCACUGGUCCACUCUUUCUUCCCCACAGAGUUUGACUACAAUGCUCUGUCUCCAGCCAACCGCAAACACAACUUUGAGCUGGCCUUUGGAACUGCAGAAGUGAAGGCAGGCUGUGACCGGCUGAUCGAGGUGGACGACAUGAUGAUCAUGGGUCGUAAACCAGACCCCAUGUGUGUCUUCACCUACGUCCAGUCCCUCUACAACCACCUGCGUAAGUUUGAGUGAAGCUCGGAUGCCUCCAUCAGAGCUCAACAGACUCUCUACUUUUGUCAAACUCUUUGCUGUCAGACGGACACCUCUGGUGGAGCUGGUGGAGACCCAGGCCUGGCAUGAGAGCCUUUUGGAAAGACUAGGUCGCCCCCUAGUGGUGGAUUAGUGGACAUUCCUCCACAUACUGCAGCUAAGCUCCGGCUCACAGACAGCUUAGAUCACAGUGAUCUGUUAUUACUGUGUAUGAACAGUAAUGAAGAGGAUGCAAUUACACACAGCUGUACAGGCUGGUCUGAAAAGUACUGUUUUCUUAGUUUUUUAGUUUGUGUAUGAGUGUGUGUAUGUAGAUGUAUUGGACAAGAGUUGCUGUGUUGUAUAAAUCUUUAUUAUCACCACACGUUUGAAAGCGAGCGUUCAUGUUAACCUUGAGUUUUGCACCAAUUCAGAGGAGGUUGGCUCAUCAAUGUCACUGAAAACUGUCUGUGAUGCAGCAUGAUACUAUGCUAUAGAGAAUUAAAUGAUAAUGUGAUGAGGUGCUGAGUGAUAUUUCCAUCCAUACAUGCUGUGUGACAUUGUGUUAUUGAGAUGAUAUUGAUAUAAAAAUUGAAUCCAAUAAAUUGUAUCAUACACUAAA